AUGAAGACCUCGCAGAUCGUUCUCACCUCGCUCUCGGUGCUCGGCGUCGCUGGCAUCGGGUAUGCUGUCUACUUUGACCACCGUCGUCGCAACGACCCUGCCUUCCGCAAGAAGCUGGCCAAGCAGAGCAAAAAGUCGUCCAAGGUGGACAAAAAGCAGGCCGCCAAACGGGCGCAGCAGGAAGACGAGUUCAUCGCGGAGGUGCUCGCCGAGGCGCGCGCACCGGGUGCCUUCCCUGCGGGCGUCGAGGAGCGCGAGCAGUACUUCCUCAAGUACGUCUCGCAGGGCGAGCAGCUGGUGGCCAUGGGCAACGACAAGUACCUCGAUGCCGCCGCCUCGUUCUUCCGGGCGAUGAAGGUGUACCCGCAGCCCGUGGAGCUGAUCAUGAUCUACCAGAAGGCUGUACCCAAGGAGGUGUUCGAUACGAUCAUGAAGAUUGUCAGCAAGGACAUUGCCAGCGGGGGCGGUGUGGAGGGUGGAGAGGGCAUGUCGGCGGCUUCCUUGGAUGAGGUCGAUGACGAUGCGCCGACCGAGAGCGCCGCUGCUAAGGAGGAGGAUGAUGAGGACAAGGAGGAGGACAAGGAGCCAGAGGUGACCCAGUCAGCAGCACCGGCGAGCAACCACCACGGUACCGACAGCGGCACCACCUCGAGCCAGGAAUGGGAUACCCUCUCCGCUACCAGCCUCAACGAAGCUCCCUCCACCGAAACUGCGGUCAAGCCCGAAGAGCCCAAGGUGACCCCCAUCGACACUUCGGCCAGUGUCACCACCGAAGCCGUCGCAUCACCCUCCAAGCAAAAGUUCAGCUCGGAUUGGAGCCCCGCGCCCGUCUUUGGCGGGCCCAGCAGCCCCAAGAAGGCUGAAGCAGACAAGUCUGACUAA